AUGUCUUCGCUCUCGUCCACCGGGACGACUCCCGCAUGGAUUGUUGUCUCCCGCGGCGCAUACUCCUCACCCUCCGUGCUCAAAUACGUUCCCGAUCAUCCCCUUCCAGCACUCAAAUCAGGCCAAGUUCGUGUCCGCAUGAAGUUCGCCUCGCCCUACAAGGGCACGACGUACUACUGGCGUGUAAUCCCUACCUGGAUGCGAACCUAUUGGCUUCCUGUUGCACAAGAGAUCGCAGACUACGAAGGAGCGGGAGUUGUGGAAGAGGUAUACGAAGAGGAAGAGAAGGAGGGUAGGUUCAAGGUUGGCGAUGAAGUCUUCGGUGUCAUGGACCCCGUAGGGAGAAUUCCGAUGGGUCGUGGCGCCCUUGCGUUGCAUGCUACGUUUUUAGAGAAUGAACUCACGAGCAAGCCAACAUUCCUCAGCUGGGAAGAAGCGUCGGCCUUGAAUGGCAGGGUACAGACUGCGUAUCAUGCGAUAGUCGAAGCAGGCAAGCUACGCGCAGGUCAGCGGCUUUUCAUAAAUGGGGGCUCUACGUCGGUCGGCCUGGCAGGAAUUCAAAUCGCCAAAGCUAUGGGUGUAUAUGUUGUAGCGUCUUGCUCUCGAAAGAACUUCGAGCUCAUAAAGCAGAUGGGAGCAGAUGAGGCUGUCGACUACACUACGCAACCAUUACACGAACAACUUACCGCCCAGUUUUCCGGUGCGAAGAACUUCGACAUGAUCUUCGACUGCGUUGGUUCGAGGCCGCUUUUUGUGGAUUCGAUGUCGUAUCUCGUCCCGACUGGGAUUUACCUUGCAGUUGGGGCAGACUUCAAUUCAUACUCUUUUUCCAGAUUUCUGCUCGACGUCCUCUUGAGUAGGUGGCUGCCUGUCUGGUUCGGCGGAACACCUCGCAGAUUUACGUUCCUGAGGACCCCGCUGGAUUCCGAGAGGGCUGAGAAAUUGGUCGCGCUCGUAAAUCAAGGGUUGCUGCGUGUCCCUAUAGACUCAAUAUACUCGUUCAAAGAUGUGAGAGAGGCAUAUGCAAGGACCAUGACGGGGCGUGCGACAGGAAAGGUUAUCGUUCGUGUGGAUGUCAAUGAAGACGUGCAGAACUGA